AUGGCCUUCAAUUCCCGGCCCAGCGGCACCGACUGGCACCGAGGCCGGGGCGGGCAGGGCAGGAAGGGCAGGGGAGGGGAGGGGAGGGGCGGGCAGAUUGAGUGGGGUGGAUCGACCAGACGCCCGCCAUUCGAACCGACCGACGCCAUGCAGCGCCCUCCUUGUGCACCGAGCUCCCCAACGGCUUUGCGCUGUCUCGGACCUCCGCCGGUCGCGGCUCCCGCCUCGCGAAAAAGUCCCCGGCGACCAAUAUCCGUUCGCCCCAUCCCCUCUGGACUGAGCACCGGUGAUCGCCCGCCGUCCUCUGCCUCGGGCGACAACAGCCGCACCCCACGAAAGACGGUGGUGCUACGAGUGCCUUCGAGCAGGAGCAGGAGCAGGGGCAGCAGCGGACGUUGUGUCGGGUCACGAGCGAGCGAGGGGUUCGGGGGUUUAGGGGUUUAG